AUGUAUUCUGAGUAUGCUGAAAUUGGUGGUUUUGAUGUUAGACUGAGCACACAGUCAAGGUUUGAUAACAAAAUUAUAAAGAAGAAACAUGUUAUAUGUAAUCGUGGUGGUAAACAGAAAAAGAAAUCUUGUGACACAUUAGGUACAAGUGGUGUUAGGAGGAAACGAAAUUCAAAUUCAAGAGCUAUUGGUUGUCAAGCAAAGAUUAUAUUUGAAUCUGUGUAUGGAACUCCAGAUUAUAAAGUUUUUCAGUUUGAUGAACUUCACAACCAUCCACUUGAGAAGAGAAGUAAUUUAAAAAAAGCGAGACAAAUGUCAUAUUCAGAAAAAGAGUUUAUUGUGCAUGCUUCUACAUCAAAAAUAGGUCCAACUAUGGCUCAUAAGUUGAGGGCAAGUUUGAGAGGUGGGUAUGAGUUUGUAAAGCCAAAAGUAGUUGACUAUAAAUAUUUAAGGAGAGAUAUCAAUAGGGUUAUUGGUUAUAAAGAUGCCCAGAUGAUAGUAAACACAAUGAAUGACCGUCAAGCUCAUUAUCCAAAUUACUCAUUUGAGUUUAAUUGUCAAGAUGAUGUUUUGGACUGUAUGUUUUGGGCUGAUGAAAUGGAGAAGACAUAUUAUGCUGAAUUUGGUGAUGUUAUCUCGUUUGAUGCGACUUUCCGAACAAACAAGUAUCGAAUGGUUUUUGUUCCGUUUACUGCUAUUGACCAUCAUAAAAAAUCGGUUACUGUUGGAUCUGGGUUGCUAAGCAAUGAAAGCAUUGAGUUACUCUUGAUAUCAGAUGAUUUAUUUACUAACACAGACUUUAGAAAAAGGUUUUCAAAACUUGUUUGGGACAUUAAUAUGAAACCUGAUGUUUUUGAGGUGAAGUGGGGUUUGCUUAUGAAGGAAUUCAAUCUUGAAGACACAAGAUGGUUUAAAAACAUGUUUACAAUACGUGAUUCAUGGAUACCUGGAUAUUUUAGUGGUAUUCCAAUGUGUGGUUUGAUGAAGACUACAUUAAGGUCAGAGAGUAUGAAUUCAUUCUUUAAUACAUACUUAGAAAGUGGAAACUUACUUUUGAGUUUCAUGAUAAAUUACGACACUGCCAUUCAAAAGCAAAGGAAUACUCAACGAGAUCUUGAUAAGGCAUCAAAGAAAGCAUCAUAUAAAAUGCAAACACCUCGAGAAAUAGAACUACAAGCAUCAAAGGUUUAUACAAAUGGUUGGGAUCUUUACAUUGUGCAGCACAACAACAGUAAAAGUGAUUUUAAAAUUGAAUUUAAGGUUGAAAUAAAAGUAGAAGAAAAAGAAAUAAAUUGUAGUUGUGAACAUUUUAAGCGUAUGGGUGUUUUAUGCAGACAUGCUUUUACAAUAAUAAUGAGAUGUGGUGUUAAAGAAAUUCCUGAAAGGUACAUUUUAAAGGGAUGGAGAAAGGAUGUGAUAUCAAGAAAUUAUCGUUUUAGUUCUGUUCAAUCCGAUUCAGGUGAUUGUGAGAAUGUAAAGCUAGUCAAUGAUUCAUAUUAUAGUUUUGAAUCAUGUUUGGAUAUUGUAAGAGAUGACAAAAAGAGAUUGGCUUUGUUUGCUGAGAAGCAACAAAUGUUGUUGAAUGAAUUUUAG